AUGGGGAUUAUUCAGCUUUCCAUUUUGAAGAUUGUUUCAUCUCGCCAUCUACUGGAACUGGCUAAUUGUACACCAAGAGCUGUCGAACAGUUUCCAAGAGAUUUCUUUACUCAGGAACAAAGAAAACAUGGUGCUAUUGCAAUCCAUAUAGUCAUUGUUAUUUACAUGUUUUUGGCCUUAGCUAUUGUAUGUGAUUACUAUUUUGUGCCUUCUUUAGAAAUAAUUUGUGAAUAUCUCCACUUGGAAUCUGAUGUAGCAGGAGCUACUUUUAUGGCAGCUGGGAGUUCUGCACCUGAAUUAGCCACAGCUGUUAUUGGCGUAUUUGUUGCUAAGGAUGAUGUUGGUUUGGGAACAGUUGUUGGCUCAGCUAUUUAUAAUGUUAUGUUUGUAAUAAGUGUAUGUGCAUUUUUUGCUGGAACAGCGGUUUAUUUAUCAUGGUGGCCUAUGGUACGUGAUUGUGUUGCCUAUACUGUCAGUAUUAUUGCUCUUAUUGUUGUUAUUUAUGAUGAAGAAGUCAGAUGGUAUGAGGCUGGAUGUCUGUGUCUAUUAUAUGUUCUAUAUACAAUAUUCAUGUAUUAUAAUAGCCGUCUGGAAGUUUGGUGUGUUCCUAAGUGUUCCUGUUUUCCCAAUAAAAAUCAUCAAUUAGGACCAGAGUCUAUAAUAUUGUAUGAUAAAGUACAUACUAAUAGUAAUGGAAGUACACAUCAUACUGAAGCAGGUCAUAUUGGUGAAAUGUUACCAUUAACGUCUGAUUGUGAGUCUGAGGAAUCUUGUAGUGAUAUAGAGCAUGAUUAUUACCAGAGAAAGGCUGAGGCGCCAAAAUCUGAAGAACCUGAACCAUUGUGCCAAAUCCCAUCUGGAAAAUUCAAGAUUUUAUUUUGGAUUAUCUCCCUUCCACUAUGCACUAUUUUAUGUUUAACAACACCAGAUUGUCGUAAAGAAAGAUGGAAAAAUUGGUUUGUGGUUACAUUUAUUGUAUCUCUAGCAUGGUUAUCAGCAUUUUCUUUUUUAAUGGUCUGGAUGAUAACAGUUGUAGGUUAUACUGUAGAUAUUCCAGACAGUAUAAUGGGAUUGACAUUUAUAGCUUUUGGUGUCAGUUUACCAGACGUCAUAGCUAGUGUUAUUGUGGUCAAAGAAGGUCUAGGUGAUAUGGCUGUAUCUAAUGCUGUAGAAAGGAGUAAUGUAUUUGAUAUUUUGAUAUGCCUGGGUGUACCAUGGUUAUUACAAACUGCCGCUAUGAAACCUGGGGGAGUUGUGAAAGUAUAUAGUAAAGGUUUAACAUAUUCUAGUAUAACAUUAUUAUCAACUGUGGUCUUUUUACUGGGAGCAACACAUUUAAAUGGAUGGAAAUUGGAUAAAAAAUAUGGUGUAGUAUUAUUAAUAGUUUAUGUAUUUUAUACUGUUUUAGCCUCGUUAUAUGAGUGUAAUAUAUUUGGGUAUUUACACCCAGAAGAGUGUCCAAGUAACUAUUAGUACUAUUUUGUAAUAUUGUUAAAUGCCACUAUAUCAGCUAUUAUAGCCCUGUCACACCUGAAUCAGGUCAUUUCUGAGUUGUUAUGGCAACGGAAAUAAGAUCAGAGCAUGUUAAGGUCUCCAUAAGCGUGGUUUAAGUGUAGUACAAGCGUCAGAUACCAUAUGAUGGCGGCCAUUGUUGCCAAUUGAUUGCUAUGUAAUCAAGAAUGUCUUUAGACAAUUGUCAAAACGUCUCCAAAGAAGCAAAAAAAAUGAACUGCUCCUUGCCUUGAAAGCGACUGUUGUAAUUCUUUCUCCUGAUUUCUUCAUGUUUGCUAGUGACCUAAUAAAUUUUUAGUCGCUGUAGGAUCACAAAUGGCAGCAAUCCAGUGUGAUGGGGCUAUUAGCAACUCAAGACUUUAUUAUUAAGAAAAAAGGGUAAAGAAUUUUGAUGUCGGUGGAAUAUUAAAUGACAUGUUUUAUUAUUGUUAUCAGAAUUGAUUUGAUUACUUUUCAAAAUGGUUCCAGUUACUCAUCAAUGACUUUGUUUAUUCUGCGUUCUUCACUUUUUACAAUGAUCUCCUUGCCUGAGACUUUCUCUAAACUUUUUAUGUGUAUCAGGGCCACUGAUAGCAAUGAUUUGAACCAUUCCAAUUUUCAAUCAGACAUGUGUGGUUCUUCAAAUUCCACUAAAACUAAGCAAUGUUGUAGCUAUCACAAAGGUUGCUUUUGUGAUGUAACAUUGAAGCUGAGUUAAGCAUUUCUAAAACUUACAGGAAUCACUGACAUCUGAUGGAAAAUAGGAAUGAUGCGAAUGAAAAUCCAUACAUCAUUGAGUGAUUGAGACCAAAUAUUGUACAUAUUCAUAAGAAAUCCUUUGUUAGAUCUUUAGUUUGACAGUAAAACAAAGAUAUAUUGAUGUGCAUACACAAGAACAUGCAAAAUAUAAACACGAGCAAUCCAUUUUGUUUUAAGGUACAAUAGUAAUUCAAACUAAACAAGUGAGACUUAUAUCAAGUUCUAUAUCACAUGAACUACCUGAAAAUAAAGUGGACUGGUCUGUGAUUUGUUUUCAAAUGUGAAUAGCCAUAUUGCUCAAGUAGGCUUAUAUCAUUUAGUUAUUUAUUGAUGUUAAGUUUAUAUUAUUUUGUAUUAUUUUGAAUUUUUGAUUAAAAGAAAUCCAUUAUUGUUUAUUAUUUUUUCGAAAUUUUGUUUCAUUUUUUGAAAUGCUUGAAUUUAUGACUGUGUCGAUUUUGUUUAUGGUGGUUUAUGAAUGUAAUUGAUUAAUUGAUUUGUGAAGAAUGAACUAAUUUUGGUUGUAGCUGAGCAAGCAUUCCCAUCUUCAUAAUAUCAAGCUAGUUUGAACUCUGUCUAUUAGGCCUAUAACUUGACAUUGUGAAGAUGAAGCAUCUUAAGCCUGCUUUUCUUUUCCUUGAAAAAAUCUUGAAUCUUUACGAUAGAUGCCAUUCCGUUUUCAAUACACCACAUUUCCAUGGUUGAUUAACAUAUUGCUUUGAAUUAUAUAUUAUAAUAGGUGCUGUUGAGGGUUUAGGCUUCAAAGUGAGCGUUUGUUUUAUAUGUUAUAUUAUCAUGUAAAUAUGAGGUUGUGUUAUAAAUAUAACUUAUAUAUAUUAUAUAAAUUCUAACUCUGUCUCAAACUCUGUGAUAAUAAAAGCUCUAUUUUAUAUAUUUAAUC